AUGAACCAUCUUACGUUGCUCGUUGCUCUCGCUACCGUGUUCACUGCCUGUGAAGCACUCGGAACCGACAUGAUGGUCCCCGGAAUCGUCAUGCGCCAGACGAACACCAGCACCGCCGGUGGAUUCGCGAGUCGCGCGCCGAAGUGUUCAACAGGUCAAGUGGACUGUGGCGGCGGCAUCGCUCAAGAAAUAUGCUGUCCUUCUGGUCAAUUCUGUUUUCAUAACAGCGAUGGAACGUGUUGCCCGACCAAUACAGACUGCACCACCCAACUCUUCCUAAAUCCCCAAUGCGCUGAUCCUUCAUGGGUCCUAUGUACCGACUACCAACCCAAUAUCCCCGGUUACGUCCCAAACGACCCAGGGUAUUGGUGUUGCCCAACUGGUACUCAGUGUCUCGUCAGCUCUCAGGCCGGAUUCGUUUGCCGUGCACCAGUCACCGGUGAUGUUCCCGGAUCGACUAUCCUUAGCGGCCAGGCUCCAACCCAGGCAAGCACCGCUACAACUUAUCCCACUCUAGGCGCCACUAGUGCCGGGGGUAGCAAUGGUGCGGGGAGUACCAAAGCUUCAAGCCCCUCAGCGUCUUCAAUUGUACAGAGCUCUGCUGUCAAGUCGUUAAGUUUCGUCUCAGUACCCGUGAGCCUUGGGAUAUUUGCCGCGCAGGCUUUAUUCGCCCUCUGCUUCGUAUAA